AUGCCUCGACGAUCAUCUCGGCCCGCUCCCGCGUCCCCGGAAGCGCCUGGGGCGGCGCUCAAACGACGCGCCUCGGCGCGAUUGUCCGCCUCGCAGGGCGAGGUUAAGCGGAUCAAGUCCAACGCCGACCUGUCUGGAGUAAAGUCCACGACCAAAAAGAGCAAGUAUUUUGAGCCCGAUAGCUCCGCUGAGCCUGAGGAAAGCGAGAGCGAUGGAGACUCGGGCUCCGCCUAUGAGGAACAGGAACAGGAAGAGGACCCGCAGUCCUCCGAUCAUCAGUCGGAGCCUGAAGAGCCCUCCGACAGCGAGGAUGAGCCGAAGACUGCGAAGGGAAAGCAGGGCCGCAAAGCCACGUCGGACGCACACGCGCUAAAGGGCAAAGAACUUUGGCGCGAGGGCGUGCGGACAGGUCUGGGGCCCGGGAAAGAGGUAUCCAUCCCCAAACCCAAGGCGCGCGACGCGGGCAAUGUGACAUAUGAAGACGAGACGCUGCACCCCAACACGAAGCUAUUCCUGCAGGAUCUAGCGCAGAAUAACGAACGCGAGUGGCUCAAGGCGCAUGACCCCGACUACCGCGCGGCAAAGAAAGAUUUUGAAACGUUUGUUGAGACGCUGACUCCGAAGAUCGCCGGCGUGGACGGCACCGUUCCUGAACUGCCCGUGAAGGACUUGGUCUUUCGCAUUCACCGAGAUAUUCGGUUCAGCAAGAAUCCUCUUCCGUACAAGCGGGUCGGCCGCGUUCUUGUUACCGUGAUGCUCGUUAGCGGCACGCUGACGGAUGAACAGAUUCACUUCUCUGCAGCCUGGUCCCGCACGGGCAAGAAAGGCCCUUAUGCUGCGUACUAUGUCCAUUUCCAGCCCGGCUCUUGUUUCGUCGGCUGCGGUCUCUGGCACCCGGAGGCUGAACCCCUGGCACUGCUCCGAGGGGAUAUCGACGAGAACGCACAUCGCUGGAAGGAAGUUCUCGGGGCGCCGGCGAUGCGCCGCGAGUUUCUGAACGGAGUGUCUGCUGAUGAAGACGCGGUCGUGGAAGCCUUUACUCGUCACAACAGGGAGUCUGCCCUAAAAACCAAGCCUAAGGGCUACGAAGCCGACAACGCCAACAUUCUGCUACUACGACUGCGCAGUUUCACGAUUGGAAGGCCUAUCUCAGACAAAGAGAUGUUGGCGCCGGAUGCGCAGGACCGGAUCGCCGCCCUGGUUGGGGUCAUGGAGCCCUUUGUGACGUAUCUCAACAGUAUCGUGAUGCCCGAUAUGUAG